CCUAAAAUACAAUACAAAUAUAUAUUAUAGGUUAUUAUAGUUUAUUUUGAAAUACGAUUUUGCUAAAGUACAAAUUUUAUAUUGCUAUUGUAAAGUGUCCAAUAAUGUCUGCUGCAAAAAGGGUGCAGCAAUGGGCAACUUUUGCUCGCACCUGGCACGUGUUUGACUGCAAAUGGCAGGACCCGUAUGAGUCUGCACCUAUAAUUAAGAAGUACUUGAUGGGCAUGCACAAACCAAUAUAUCAUCCUAUGAAUGACUGUGGUGAUGUUGUAGUUUGCAUAAAUAGCAAGCAAAUUGCAUUGAAAGGUGAUGAUUGGAGGCAAAGAGCAUAUUUCCAUCAUACAGGAUAUCCAGGUGGUGCUAGCUGGACCUUGGCUUGGGAGUUGCACAAUAAGGAUCCUACUAUGAUAAUCAGAAAAGCCGUUUACAGAGCAAUGAGAGGCACUCUCCAAAGACGGCACACUAUGCAAAGAUUAUUCAUAUACCCUGGAGAACAAAUACCUGAAGAUGUUUUACAGAAUGUCACAAACCAAAUUCGCCAGCUUCGACUUGUACCCACUCGACUUGACCAUAUCCCUGAAGAGGAUGUUAAAAACUUCCCAAAGGUCAUGGAAUAUCCAGAAAAUUAUGUGCUUAAAUAAUUUGUUAAUUUUAUGUUCUUUAGGUUCAGAUUGUUAAGUUAAUAAAUAACGUAGAUAUGAAUUUAUUGUUUGAAUUUGU